AAUGUGUCAAAAAUUGAAAAAUUAUGGUUUUCCCGGUCAAAAAUAAAAAUGACACGAACCGGUCUCCGACACUCGACCAUCAACAGUUCGUGUGUUACUUGUUGUACAAUUAAACAAUAACCAAUAAUCACACAAUAGUGUACCCAGUUCACAGUUGCGUGCUCGUCAAACCGUUUUCCGCGCGGCGUCCGGUUGUUGCUAUUCACUUAAUAUAAACUGAUUUAAGUUUCCGACCACCACUGGUCGGUCUUCUCGUCCCUAAAACAAACAGAGACGCGCCAUGGCCGAUAGUCCUCAGUUUCAGUUAAUGCCCCAAGUUGUGCCCAUCUAUCGCCCGCAGCCGCCGCUGACACAGCCGCCUCCGCCGCCGAACGUGUUCCCAAUGCCGCCGGGGCAACCGAUCUUCCCAAUGCCACCGCCGCAAUUUGGAUAUCCGCCCAUGGCGUGGUCGCCAGUCCAUCAGUAUCCACCGCCGCCGCCUCUAACGCCGCAGCAACCGGCCCAGAAUCACACGGAGGAGGACGUCGACUACGACGUGCAGCAGCUCGUGUUCAACAAUAACAACAACAACAACAACUACAGCAGCAAUAAAAAUAUCAGUUCCGCAGAUGGCUUGCAAAUUGAUUCGGAACUGCAGUCUUCCCAGCAUCAGAACACUCAGAACCGGCAGAUGUUCUCGCGCAAUGUAUCUAAUAAGUUUGAUACACGACAUGAAGAAUUCAGAAAAUACUUGGAAGAAGUGGGUAUUUUGUCUACUUUCACUAAUAUAUUAUCUGAUAUGUACCAAGAUCCUUUUCGGCCUAAUGAUCCAUUGGGAUAUAUUCGAGAUAAAUUAAGUUCUUCUCGGCCUGAAACAAUUGAACUUAAAAAUCUUCGCAUUUGGUGUGAUCAAUACCAAUCAAAAACCAUUCGCCUUGAAAAAGAGUUGAAGCACGUAAUUGGACGGUUAAGGAAAUAUGAACCAUAUAUUACUGAUGAUUCUCUUUUGAAUGAAAGUUCUACAGAAGAGGACUGCAAUUCAUGUGUAUCCGGUGUAUCAAAACUUGUGUUGGAAAAUAAGAAAGAAAAUACUCAACAUGGAUCAAGAAAAAAUUAUAACCAAUAAUAGAUAGCAUUUGGCUAUAAUUCUAAAAUAAAAUUAAAAAAUUAACUGAAAAAUUGAAAGAUUUUCAUAGUUUGUUGUUAUUGUAACAUAUAUAAAUCAUUUUUGAAAUUGUAUUCUUGUUAAAGAUAAUUUUUCAAUUUUUCUGUUCCUAAAAUUGGACUAUAUUUAUUAAAUUUUAAUGACGUUAAUUAAAUUAAUAGUUUUAUGUUGGCUUUUAAGUUGUUGAAUUUCUCUACUUAGAGAAUUAUUCAUUAUUAACUUAUGUUAUAGUUACAUUCGUAUUUUUGAAUGUAUUUUCUCUUUUAAAUGUUGAGAAAAUCCAUUGUUGAAGUUUAUUUUGUGCUCAUCUAACAAUUUUUUUUUUUAAAUCCUUAUUGACUUAUUUUGGUUUUUUU